AUGGCUGUUUCAUCGCUUCUUGGGCUGGCUUCCACCAUCGCCCUAGCGUCCUAUCUCAAGGUCUCCGGGGCUUCGUAUCCGUUCGUGGUCCUCGGUCUCGUCGCAUCCUCCGUGGCCCAGAUAGCCGUCUAUCUGGGGUAUUCGAGCCUCAUCUACCGCUGGUAUUUGUCUCCAACAAAGGACCUCCCUCACCCCAAGGGCACCCCAUUCUUUCUCGGAAACUUGAUCCCGUUCCUCAGUGAACCAUGGGGGUUCCCGUUGGCUCGCUGGCAGCGAAUGGUCAGCGCAUCUCCCAGCGGUUUCUAUCGUGUCUUCCUCGGCCCGUUCGACUUCCUGAUCCCCAAGAGCUCUCAGGCUGUGACGGCUGUCAUGAGCCAGCCGUACGUCUUUGAGAAGCCUCCUGCAGUUCGGGAUGGCCUGGUCGAGACCCUCGGCGUCGGUCUCGUAGCUGCCGAGGGCGAUGUGCACCGCCGACAAAAGAAGCUUCUUACACCAAUCUUUGGCUUGAGCCGCAACCGACGCCUAGUGCCGCAGAUGUGGGCCAAAUCGGUGGUGCUCGCCGAUAGGAUGCGGGAUCUUGUCAAGGAAUCCGGGGUCAAAUCGACCAUCAUGUUCAUGCAUCCAUUGACAAUGGCUGCGACGCUCGAUGUCAUCGGAGUCACAACUCUCGGCGUCGACUUCAACUCGGUGCAGAACCCGGACCAGCCCAUCCUCGAGGCCUACCAGCGCGUCUUCCCGUCGUUGGAGACCCAGAAUGCGUUUGAAAGAUUCUUCGGCGCGACGCUGCCGGCAAUCAUUUCGCCGCACCUACUGUUCAAGUUGCCGCUGAAGCCGAUCCGCGAAUUCCACAAAGGCAUCGCUAUGCUGCGCACAUUCUGCCUCGACCAGAUCCGCCAAAAGAGGCGAGAGAUUGACGAGGCGAAGAUGGACGAUUCCGAGAUUAGAGAGAAAGAUAUUCUGUCGGCCAUUGUUGCCUCGGGUCUCCAAGACGAGGAGGAGAUUCUGAGCCACAUUCUGACUAUCCUCGCAGCUGGUCACGAAUCAACUGCCAUAACCCUCGCGUGGGCCAUCUUCAAGCUUGCGCAGCAUCCCAGUGUCCAAGAGAAGUUACGGGCAGAGGUCCUGAAGGCCCAAGCGGCUGGCAUCGGGAGCGACGGAGCGCCGACUCUUGACGAGAUCAAUUCGUUGCCGUACCUGCGCUGCUUCCUGAUGGAGGUGCUGCGGCUGUACCCAGCAUUCCCGUCCAUGAUGCGGGAGCCGGCGCGGGCGACGACGGUGGGCGGACUGUCAAUUCCCAAGGGCAAGCAAAUCAUGGUUAGUCCGUACGCCGUGAACCGGUCGCGUGAGCUGUGGGGUGACGACGCCGACGAGUUCCGUGUAGAGAGGUGGGAAGCGUCGCACAGCGGGGGUGCCACGUCAUCGCAGGCGUUUCUGACCUUCUCGAGCGGGCCGCGCAUUUGCAUCGGGAAGGACUUUGCGACGCUCAGCCUCAAGGUGUUCCUAACUGUGCUCGUGGCCCGUUUCCGCUUCGAAGAGGCCAUUCCGGGCUGGCACCCGCCAAUCCAGAAAGGCACGUCGCUCAAGCCACAGGGACUCAAGGUCAAGGUCUCGCUGCUCUGA